AUGUUACUGAAUGGGCUCCCUAAGUACAUCAAAACUGAGAAUGGAUGUGCACCACUUAGACUCAAUCAGAAGAGAGUAAAACCAAAGAAUUCGCACCUACCCAGCGGUGCUCAGAACUCGACCUUUCGUUCCGUAUUUAUUCCAACGAAGUUUUCAGACAUUCUCGAUGAUAUCUCCCUGGUGGUGUAUCCCACUGCUGGAAACUUUCAGUAUGAUGAUGGCUGCAAUCUCGCCUUCACUCUUGUAUCUCAAAGGAUCUCUGAGUGGAGAGGAAAUUUUGGCUCCACUGCUAUCAGCAUCCUCAUGACAUUUUUUGCCUCGACAGAUGAAUAUAACACUAAGGAGGCACGGAAAGCAUACACCGAAUAUCAACUCGAAGAUUCACGCUUUGUGUAUGAAGACCCGGAUAGUGAAGACUUGCCUGGAGCUUUCUUAUCAGAAUUCAUUUUGCACAUCUUCGCUGUUCAACUCAACGCCACCCAAGGAUGCCAGAUAAUUGACUUGCUUGACUUCGAGUUACCUGGAUAUGCAACAGCCCUUGCACUGACCACCGCAGCCAUGAGUUUUGCAUCACCUUUACAAAAGUUACUAAUUUAUCAUUUGCAGGCCGAGUGUGCACUUAUUUUAGCUCGCAACGACCUCAUUGUGGAAGAUACUUUGGACUAA